GAUACGUUGCAAUGACUCUACACCUUGCCUGUCUCUGCUAUCGUCAUCUUGUGAUGUCGUUGUCUCGGCCGUUGGGAUUGAAAGGCUGCCUUGGAUGAAUACAUGGUGAUAAGAUGCUGAAGUCAACCUCCGGAUAGCGUCAUGCACAUGGCCCUGAGGUGGAUAUGCCGCUUAGUUGACUUGUCUGCUUCUUCACUUCCUAGUCCCGUGUUAGGUAUCCAGUUGGAAGUGGAGAUUGUCCCAGAUACUUUCCCAUUUCCUGGUUCAGCUGACCGUUUACCAUGUUUAAUUGGUAUUUUCCACAUUACUAUGCAGUUACUUUCACCGUGUAUAGUAAUCAGCCCGGAGUCGCUUCAUUUCAUUGAAUUUAUAUGCCUGGACACGGAUGGUUCAAUCAUUGCUGCUCCCUGCCAUGACUGGCCAUCUCGUGGGUGCAUGAUGCAGGCGUCGGUCAUGGUGUAUAUGUGUUUGCCGAGUACCAUAUCCAGGUCGGAUAAUGAGAGAUUUCCUGCUAAGUCAGGAAGAAGUCCUCCAUAGACCAUACAGAACUAAUCAGACUGGUUGUGUCUUUGUUUUUGAAGGAUCCUUGGAAUUUUGCUUCGGCACAAAGCUCCGAAUCUCAUUUGGCCCAUUGUUCAAAAAUCGUGUGGCGAGUUGGAUGACUGGCCAUAUAAACGCAU